AUGCUUUUCUUCUUCACUCAUCUCUUCCUCAUCUUCCUUCUCCACUCCCCGCCACCCAUCGGAGCCAGACCCUUCCCGCCAACGUGCAGUGUUCAAGAUACAGUCCAUACAAUUCAUGCAAAGCAAAAUUACGUGUUGUUUCCCGGGAAACCGAGGUGGGUCCGUCCAAAACCAAUGAAACUCACAUACUCAUUUUCCAAAGAGUACAUGAUCAACUACUUGAGCUUAAACGACAUAGAAGAAGUUUUCGAACGCGCCUUCGCUCGAUGGGGAUCUGUAAUUCCUGUUAGUUUCUUAUUGACCGAUGAUUAUGUGUUCGCCGAUAUCAAAAUAGGGUUUUACAGGGGCGAUCACGGCGAUGGAGAGCCGUUUGAUGGGGUUUUAGGGGUGCUGGCCCACUCAUUUUCUCCGGAGAGCGGGAAGUUCCAUCUUGAUGCAGAUGAAACGUGGGCCAUUGAUUUUAGGAUGGAGAAAUCAAAGGUUGCAGUUGAUUUGGAGUCGGUGGCUGUGCAUGAGAUUGGACAUUUGUUAGGGUUGGGCCAUUCCUUAGUUAAAGAAGCUGUAAUGUAUCCGAGCUUGAAACCAAGACACAAGAAGGUGGAUUUGAGUGCUGAUGACAUAAGAGGUGUGCAAGCUUUGUAUGGUACAAACCCUAAUUUCUCAUUUGCUUCUGCUUUAGAAUCUGAUACAUCAGCAAAUCGGGCUGUGAACGUAAGAACUAGAUCUUCUCACUGGGUUAUUAGAUUCAUUUUGUUCAUUUUAGUUUGUUUGUUUGUAUGAUUCUUUUAUUAUUUGCUUAGGCAGGCAUUACAAUUUACUUACGGGUCCUUAAUUACUUCAUGGUUUUGGAACAUGUAAUAGGGACUUAAUUAACAACACACAUUUUUUACUUAUAAUAUACAACACAUA